UCUCUUCCGUAUUAGUUUCCAUGAGGCAUCCUUAAUGCUGACAGAGAGCGCACCGUGAGGCAGCAAGAAAGCGGGGUGAGAGGAUUGCUAUCUUUGUGACAGCUUCUCCGCUUGGUAGGCUGCGUGUGAGCCGGGGAACUGGACUGGACUGUGGUGUUUCGUGGAGGAGGUGGGAGAAGAGGUGGAGGAGCACGAGGGAGAACUGUGGGGCAAGCUGGACAGAUGGAGGACGGCACGCAGCACCUGGGACACUGCAUGGUUGACAUGAAGGAGCUGAGUGCGAGUCCUGAAGGGCUGAGCGCUGCUGGUGUUAUUCUAACACCCAAGCUGCCUCAGGUGGACUUCAGCCUUGCCUGUAAUGAUCUGGUGGCCUCAGGCAGAGACAGGAAGCCCAAUGCUUUGGUCCAGGUGGCUGUCAUAGAUCCCCACAAGCAGCACCUCGUGUCUCAUGCCUGCACAGAGAUAGUUGAGGCGAACAAAGACCCACUGUUUCUGACGGGGGUGACCUUCCCUUCAGAGUAUCCUGCUAGCCCAGAGACGCUAGUCAAGCUAAGCGUGUAUGAUGCAAAGGACAAGACCCAGGAAUCAAGCAGCUUCCUGGGUAGUGCCACAUUUUCAGUUGGAGAUCUUCUGAGGGCAAAAGAUGAACGACUGACCUUGAGCCUCAGGUCAUCUGAUGGUGUGUGCACAGCAGGAACAGUGGUGGUGAGUCGUCUGAAGAUGGGGGAGAUGGAGGAGGUUGAUGUGGACCAGAUCACCACAGACAUACCGUCACAGAAGUGUCCACUGGUAUGUGAGUCUGCGCACCAUUCCUGCACCGACAGAGAAAAUAACCCAUUGACCGGGCCAGUGUUCAAGAACCCAGUAUGCAAAGUGUACAGAUUUCAAACAGUGGACAGCAAGUGGAUGCUUGUGCGGGAACAAAUGGAGGAGUGCACUCUGUCGUUCAGUAUCCCCAAACAGCUGCUCGCGCUGUACAUUCAGGAGGACAUGAGUAGGGUGCAGGAUCUAAAGGAGCUGGGAGAUCUUUCCCCUCACUGGGACAACUUACGGAAGGAGGUGAUGACACGAUAUGCAGGAAUAAUCAGCUCCUACCAAGAGACCUUGGCUGAAAUGGACAAGAUUAAUGGUUGCUCAUUCAAGCCAAGCUGCUGCAAAGCUCAAAAGUCUCUGGAGUUUAUUCCGAUAAACCUGCACACCCAGAGGAUGAGGGUGACAUGCCCCAAAAAAACAGAUGCGUUUUAUGACAUCAUCACUGUUGGUGCCCCAGCAGCCCACUUCCAGGGCUUUAAAGGUGGUGGUCUCCAUCGACUCCUGAGCAGAUAUGAAGCAGAGAAAAAGAGCUUCAGCACUGCCUACCAGUGUAUCUACUACUCCCCAGAGCACACAGCCAAAGCUCAGGAGGUACUCAGCAUCAUGAGCCUCCUCCAGCCCCUCAUCACGAGGUUAGUGGACCAGCUCCUUCAGGCUGCCCAUGAGCACUCUUCCCCUGGACUGAGGGAUGCACUCAAGCACCUUUCUGACAAGACAGAACAAUUUGUUCACACACUUAAGGAUGAAUUGGUCAAGAGUGCACUCCUAGCGCUGCAUGCAGCGCAGCCAGGCUACGUUUCCAAGAACCAGAAGUCGACUCCGGCAGGGAGCCAACACCAAGGCCACACAAACCAGACCAAUGACCAGAAUCAGAACCCGAUUCAGGGACUUCCAGGCCACAGUCCACCGACGUCAGUCACUGAGACCACAGUGGUGUGUAAUAAUGUGGAAGGAACCCCAACAACUGCUGGAGGAGAGCCUUUGUCACUGAAGCACCAAGACACCAUACCGCACCAUAAAGAGUACGAUGAGGAGGAAUGGGACAGGCUGUGGGCAAAUGUGGCCAAGUGUCUCAACUGUGUAAUCGCCAUGGUGGAUAAACUCCAGGAAGAAGACAACACCAAGCAGGAUCCAGUCCCAGAACAUCAGCUAGCUGAUGUCAUCACCUCCCACAAUCCUGGUGACUGGAGGGAGCAGUUGUGUCCUCUGGUGACCCGGUUAAAGGACUGCGUGAUGGAGGUGGUGGAGAAGGCAAAGAGAGCUAUGACCUUUGUGCUCCUGCAGGAGGCAGCCUGCAGCAUUCCACAGGGCUUCCUGCUCCAGCAGAGGCGAGACAUAGUCUUCAGUCAGGCACUGGCAGCCUUGGCCUGUGGUUUCGUCAUGCGGUUGUACGCGGGAAUGCAGGACAAAGGCUUCCUGAGGCAGCUUCACCUCGUUGGCCUGGUUGCUCAGUUUGAGAGCCUGCUCAGCACCUACAGUGAAGAGUUCGGGAUGCUGGAAGACAUGGAAGUGGGGAUCUCAGACCUGCAGAGAGUCAUGUUCAAGAUUACAGAGGCCAAGUCCGAUGACCUCAGUGACCUUCAGCCUUUAGUUUGUGGCCGACGAGACCACUUCACUGUAGAAGUGCCAUUACCUAAACUGGUUUUCCAUACCUUACCAGAGGAAAUCAAGGAGGGGAAGCUUCUCCGAGUAUUCCCGGUGCUCUUUAACGUGGGGAUUAAUGAACAACAAACAAUAGCAGAAAGGUUUGGAGACAUCUCUCUACAAGAAAGAAUAAACCAGAAGAACUUUGAGACAUUAGAAGCCUAUUACAAAUCAUUAAGUGAAAAGGUGCCACUAGAAUGUCUACCGUGUUUUCAGACACAGACCAACAUAAAGGAAUUACUUGAAACUUUGGGCCAGAAUGUAGUCGCGAAGAAGAAAAAGAAUGUGGAGAUACUGUGGACUGCUGGAACGAUCUGCCGAAGGUUAAAUGGCAUCAGGUUUACCAGCUGUAAAAGUGCCAAAGACCGAACAUCCAUGUCUGUCACUCUCGAGCAGUGCGCUCUCCUACGUGAUGAACACCAGCUCAGCAAGGACUUCUUCAUGCGCGCUCUGGACUGCAUGCGCAGUCGACUGACCCAGGGAGACAUUGGGCAGUGGGAGGACCCUGAGGCUGGCGCCGUGACAGAGAACAAACCAGCAUCACGACACUUUUAUCCCAUUGCCCUGCUGCUCGUUAGCUCCCACUUACUGGUUGUGUGGCUCAUUUUAAGUCUCGUUUUUCUGCUUGCAAAAUAUCAAUAAACUGCUGACAAUGCCAUCUCUACUCACUGCUUUUCUUCCUGUGUUCGCUUGUUCUUCUUUUCAGUAGGGGUACUGCGGAUUAACUUUCUCAUACACGGGUUAAAAGCGAGCAAUUCAAUGUCAAACUCAGGCUGUAGGGCAUUAACGUCAGUUGUUUUUAUCUGACAAGAAAAUGCCUUCCUGAGAGCUACAUGAAGAUCACACUAACUGCCAAAACUAUGAUUAUCAGACUGUUUCCCAUGCCUCAAACCAGACUACUUUUUUUUUUUAAAUCAACAGCAAGAAUGCACAAGUCCAUCCAUCAGUGUACUCUCUCACUACUCAUGGUCAUGAAAGGACAUGUUACUUUCAACAAUGUGAUUUUUUUUAUACAUAUGGCACAAAUUUGUGCACACUCCCUUCUUUCCCAAUCUCGUCUUUUUGUUUGAAACCCUGUGGGGGUGAGGGCAGAUCGAGCAACUCUCGAAAGCUAGAUCACUUAGUGAAAUGCCAAAUCAUUUUUUUUAGGAAAAGCAAAUCUUUUUAGCAACAUGUUGCUGAAACAUGCUGCUGAUGUCAAACUUUGUAUCGGCACAUUAUUUUUUUUGUGGUUUUGUUUUUAUAAAAUUUACAUUUUACAUGUUUUCUGUAUCAGCUGUUCCCUUCAGGGAUCGCUACAGUGGCUUAACUUAUACAUUUACUAAAACACGGUAUUAUUUAUCAGAUCCAAGUAUUUCAUGCUAUAAAAGCUAAACAGCCAUCAAAGUAACUACUGAAUGCCAGCCAUAAUAUUUAAUACAGCCACAGAAGUACAUCCGUUUGUGUUCUGCUUAUUUCUAUUGGAGUCUGUACUGGGCCCACCUAAUGACGCGUGUCUUCACCGGUACAUUACUUCUUCUUUUGUUAAUUUAUGUUUUCCUUCUUUUUUGAGUGUUUUAAUAAUAACUUUCUAUUUCCAUUUGAUUUAUUUCAUACACAGCAGAUUUUGAAUACACAGACAAAUCUUUUUUUUCUCGUCUUUUUAACUCUGUCACUGAUGAUAUUUUAGUUAAUGUCUCGACACAUUUGUUUUGUUGAGUCAUUGUCUAUAUACACAUAUAGUCUAUAUUUAAAAGGUCAGCAUUGAGGUUGGUUUUGUGUGGACCUGGUCUUAUCCUGGGACUUGUGAGAGUUUCAGAGUUAGACAUACAAAGCGUCCCCCUGUAACCAGGGUUACACACUGUAACCAUGGUUCCUCACCGUCCCUUGUGUGCACGGUCUGAGAGAAGAAAGAGAGAGAGAGGCUGUGCUGCUGCUUUUACAAAUCAACGUGAUACAUUUUUGGAUAUCUCUCGCGCUUGUCCUGAUCAUCUGAAUAGCUUCGUCAUGAGUUAGGAAUUUGUUUCUGGAUUCGGCCUACAUGAGACAAACUUGUGACAGAGCGUGAGAGGUGUGUUUGAAUCUCUGGCUCAGUGUGUCAGAGAUUGACAGCAGCCCUAACUUGAAACAAUAAAUGUUUUAGAAGCACUUACUGACUCACCAACCUGAGUUUGCAUCUGAAGCCGAUGUUGUGUGGCCUGUAUUUAAACUGUUGUAAAUGACUUGUUGGCCUGUGAUCUGUGAAACAUAUCUCAAAUAUAUCUGUCAUGAAGCAUCUGAAGUCAUUUUGAGGCACAAGCAACAUUCCUGUCACAAGGUAGAAUUAACUUUUGGCAAAGAGACUUUUACGAAUUCCUUAUUUAUCCAGCUAAAAAGUCUCAUUGGCAUACAAAAUCUUUAAGAGAGAUCUAGCCAAAAAUAACCGUUUUAUGAAGAUAUUCCAGUCCAAGAAGGACUCCUUCUCCACCUCCAUCACCUUCCUUUUUUAGAAAGCUUCUUACACCCAUUGUUGAAGCGCUUAGCUGGUUAGCAGCCACCAGUUUGUUCAUCUGGACUGAAUGGAGCUCAUUCAGUGGUUUACAGCUGCUGCUGUUGUUUCCAAGUGUUUCUGUGACAUUGCCCCAGAUAAACGGUGACAAACAGAUGCUUGAAUACACCUUUCCUUUAAUAAAAAUUUUACUUAUUUUUAUUCUGGAGAUCUGAGGCUAAGGAAAAAACAUCUGGGGCUAGACAGCGAGGAGCAUUAGACUGAUUUCAGAUUUUUCUUCACAUUUUACAAAGACCACCAAUAUUACUAUAAACAUUUUUUGUAGCUUUUAGAAGUUAUACGUUACUAUAUGGACUAAAGCAGGGGUGUCAAACACAAGGCCUGGAGGCCAGACUCCAAUGGACAGCUUUGAAAAAUGUGAAGGAGAACAUAAAUUGAUAUAUACACACACAUGUAUAUAUAUACAGUGGCUUGCAAAAGUAUUCGGCCCCCUUGAACUUUUCCACAUUUUGUCACAUUACAGCCACAAACAUGAAUCAAUUUUAUUGGAAUUCCACGUGAAAGACCAAUACAAAGUGUACCUGGGUGUAGCUCAUGCUCCCACGGCUUCUCGUGCACACAUUUUUUUGUGCAUGCGGGACUGCAAGAAUAAAAAAUAUACCUUUUUCCAGAUGACACGUCUACAUAUGAGAUGUACCGAUUCAUUGACCAUUGACUCCUGAACUGACGAGGUUCUUACUAAUUUUAUUGGAAUUCCACGUGAAAGACCAAUACAAAGUGGUGUACAUGUGAGAAGUGGAACGAAAAUCAUACAUGAUUCCAAACAUCUUUUACAAAUAAA